AUGGCUUCCAAUCUCACCACGCAGGCUUACGCGAAAGUCUCGGCGGCUUCACUGCAGCAGAUUUCAUCCCUGUCAUGGCUGUGGUCCCGGUACCUUGUGCCUGCGCUCGUGGCGUACCCUUUUCUGUGCUCGUUCCUCCGUUUCCGGCGGAUCAGGGCGCUCCAGGCCAAGUACAAGUACGGAACGCGCGAACAUCCGUCCUUUGAAGGGAUGACGGUGCAGGAGGCGCACGACAUCGUCGAUGUCCUCAGCGACCUGGAGUUCCCGGCGCUGUACGAAAAGGGGAUGCAGUUCGCGCUGUUCCGGACGUACGGCAUCCCGACCAUCAGCAAACUCCUCGCCAAGACGACGCAGCUGUCGACGGGCCAGAACGUCGGCAAGCGGUACGCCGACACGGGGGUGCUCCUGACCGACAUGUACGGCGCCGACCCGGACAGCGAGCGGUGCCGCGAGGCCUACGCCCGGCUCAACUACCUGCACGGCCACUACAUCAGGCAAGGCAAGAUCAGCAACGACGACAUGCUGUACACGCUGUCGCUGUUCCUGAACCAGCCGGUCGAGUGGGUGGGCCGGUACGAGUGGCGGCGGUUCACCGACCUCGAGGUGUGCGCCAUGGGCGUGCUCCACAAGGCCAUGGGCGACGGCAUGGCCAUCUCGUUCGAGCCGCUGCCGUCGUGCUCGACGGGUUGGAAGGACGGCCUGCACUUCUACCGCGAGCUGGACGGGUGGGCUAAGGCGUACGAGGAGAGGCACAUGGUGCCUCACAGGGACAACUACGACGUGGCGGUGCAGACGAGGAACCUCCUGAUCAACGCCUUCCCGCCCUUCAUGAAGGCCACGCUGACCAAGAUGGUCAGUGCACCUCUGGACGACAGACUGAGGGAGGCCAUCAUGUUCGACGAGGCCCCGCCCGGCUACGCGAGGUUUCUGAACGGCUUCAUGGCCGCGAGGCGCUUCUUCCUGCGAUACCUGGCCCUCCCGAGACCAAAGUUCCUGACCAACCCCUUCGCGACCAAGACGCCCGACGCGAAGGGCCGCCGCUACAUUCUGAGGUGGGACACCACGCCGACGUACGUCAAGCCGACCCUGUGGAAUCGAUGGGGCCCAGGUGCCCUGGUGAAUAUGCUCGUCGGCGUCCCGAGACCGGGAGACAAGGGCAUGUACCCUGAAGGCUUUGAGGUGAGGACCGUCGGCCCCCUGGCGUUUGCAAACGGAAAGGGCGAGAAGGAAAUGGAGAUGACGAGGGAGAGAUUGAAGCGCGAGAGGACAGGAGGGUGUCCGUUUUCAAUGAAAUGA